AUGCCUAGAACUUAUGAGCAGGAAGUCGAAUACAUCCAGAGGCUUUCUGAUGUCUCCUUUGCAAUUCGCAAAGGCUUUGUCCCCAACAUGAAUGUAAGUCGAUCACUUUUAUUAGUUUUUUUUUGGUUUUAGGUGGAAGGUAAAUUCUACGUGAACAGCGCUCUGGAACCUUUGAUGUUUGAAGAGCUCAAGUUAUGUGUGGAAAAAGGUGGGAUCGGAGGUUUCCUUCCGGCUGUUCGGCAGAUUGCAAAUGUUGCGUCUUUGCCUGGGAUCGUCAAAGUAAGUUAUACACCAUACGGGUCUUCAAAAUUUUAAAAAUUCCGGGUAACUCAGAGUUUUUCUCUUCCAGCACUCCGUUGGACUCCCCGACAUUCAUUCCGGCUAUGGGUUCUCCAUUGGGAAUGUUGCUGCGUUCGAUGUGGACAAUCCAGAAUCCGUCAUUUCUCCGGGAGGUGUUGGAUUUGAUAUUAAUUGUGGCGUGAGGCUGAUCCGAACCAAUCUCAGCGAAAAAGAUGUCCAGCCACAUAAAGAACGACUUGCCCAAUCAUUAUUCGACCACAUCCCGGUUGGUGUGGGGUCUCAAGGAAUUAUUCCGAUCAAAGUAAGAUUUGAUCUCAUGGAUAAUAUAAAAAUAGAUGCGAAAUUGAUGAAAUUAUGGAAAUUUUGAUAGAAUAAGAUUGCUAAUGAAAGUUUUGAGGCUUAAACCGCCUUUUCGGAUAUUAAUUUUUAAAAUUUUUAGGCCAGAGAUUUCGACGAAUGCCUGGAAAUGGGAAUGGAUUGGACCCUCCGAGAAGGCUAUUCAUGGGCUGAAGAUAAGGAACAUUGUGAAGAAUAUGGACGAAUGUUGCAAGCAGACGCCAGUAAAGUCUCGACAAAAGCCAAAAAACGCGGAUUGCCUCAGGUAAAAUACGCCUUUUGAAUUAAAAAAAAAUUAUUUUUUUACAAAGAAGUUACUUCUAUGGAGUAUGGAGUUACAGAUCGAGACAUAUAUCAAAAAAAUCGCAAAAUCUUUCUGAUUCAGAACAUGUAAAAACUAGCUGCCUAAUUUUGGUUUGUAAGGGUGAAAAAAACCUCAGAACUUUUCACGCAACACCACGCAAAUGCCUUUUUGACCAAGGUUUUGCCAAUUCAAAAGCUUUGUUUUGAGCUAGCUAAAGUAAGCUCUGGGAUCUUGACAAGCCUUGAAACAUCAAAUUUGACUACUAAUUAAGCUGUAGUAUUAAUCAAAUUUGAUAUUUUAAAACUUGUGUCAAGAUGCCAAGGGUUCACUUUAGCUCAAAAGAAAGCUUUUGAAUUGGUAAAAACUUGGUCAAAAAGGCAUGGUGUUGCGAGAAGAGUUCUAAGGGCUUUUCACCCUUACAAACCAAAAGUGGGCAGCUAAUUUUUACAUAUUCUGAAUCAGACAGUUUCUGCGAUUUUUUUGAUAUAUGUCUCGACCUGUAACUCCAUACCCCAUAGAAAAAAAUUUCCCUUGUAAAAAAAAUUUUUUUUGAAAUUUCAAAUUCACUUUUUUUUCAGCUGGGUACCCUCGGCGCGGGCAAUCAUUACGGUGAGGUACAGGUGGUGGACGAGAUUUUUGACAAAUAUGCUGCCUCCAAAAUGGGGAUUGAUCACGUGGGCCAAGUGUGUGUUAUGCUGCAUUGCGGCAGCCGCGGGCUGGGUCAUCAAGUCGCGACGGAUGCGCUGGUCAGCAUGGAAAAGGCGAUGGCUCGUGAUAAAAUUGAACUGAAUGACCGACAACUGGCAUGCGCUAGGAUUUUCAGCCAAGAAGGACAGGAUUAUUUGAAGGGAAUGGCUGCUGCCGCAAAUUUUGCUUUUGUGAAUCGGUCCUGUAUGACUUUUUGUGUUCGACAGGUGAGGAUGGAGGGAAAGGGGCGAUUGGGAAAAGUACGAUUGGGGAAAGGGGCGAUUGGGGAAAAAUACGGUAAAAGAAUAAGGUAAAAUAAAGCCAAAAAUCGGAAUUUUUGAGAAAAUUUACCAAAAACACAUGGCCUAAAUCAAAAUAGGACCGCUUAAAUGAAUUUUUGAAUACUUUGUGGACUAAUUUUUAGCCUAGGUUUAUCCCAAUUACCCAAAAACUUCCCUCUGCACCUCCAUUCCGGAGUUGGACGAUUGGGGAAACCGAAAAGUAUUAUUUUUCUUCGCUGCAAGUGUCGAAAUUAGGAUAAUCGAGGGCGCUGAUUUCGAAAAUGACAUUCAUUUUUUUGAUAGUUACUUUUUUCUUAAGUAGUACUGUGAAGUAGUAAUUUUUUUAUUUUUUUCACAAAUACUCGAUUUGGGGUUUUCGAUGGUGCUGAUUUCAAAUCAGAAAAAAAGAGUAAGAUUUUCGAAAUCAGCACCAUCGAAACCCCCCAAAUCGAGCAUUUGUGAAAAAAAUUUUAAAAAUUACUUACUUACAGUACUACUUAAGGAAAAAAGUAACUAUCAAAAAAAUGAAUGUCAUUUUCGAAAUCAGCACCUCGAUUAUCCUAAUUUCGACACUUGAAUCGAAGAAAAAUAAUACUUUUCGGUUCCCCAAUCGUCCAACUCCGGAAUGGAGGUGCAGACGGAAGUUUUUGGGUAAUUGGGAUAAACCUAGACUAAAAAUUACUCCAAAAAGUAAUCAAAAAUUCAUUCAAACGGUCCUAUUUUGAUUUAGGCCAUGUGUUUUUGGUGAAUUCUCUCAAAAAUUCCGAUUUUUGACCUUAUUUUACCUUCUCCUUCAGGCCUUUGCCCGGAUUUUCGAUUCGACCCCCGACGAUCUGGAUAUGCAAGUAAUCUACGAUGUCUCACACAACAUUGCCAAAAUGGAAGAGCACUUUGUUGACGGACGACCGAAACAGCUUUGUGUUCACCGCAAGGGCGCGACUCGCGCUUUCCCCGCAAAUCACCCCUUGAUCCCAGUGGAUUAUCAGCUCUCAGGGCAGCCGGUAUUGAUUGGAGGAUCGAUGGGAACGAACUCGUAUGUGCUAACGGGUACCCAGCAAGGAUUCGAAGAGACUUUUGGGACCACUUGCCAUGGCGCAGGUCGCGCCCUAUCAAGAUCAAAAUCGAGGAGGAAUAUAACGUUUGAAGCGGUUUUGCAGAAUCUCAAAGAGAAAGGUGAGAAUUUUUAAAGCUUAGGAGAAGUUUUGAGCUUAUUGCCUAAGGGGAAUUUCGAGUUUCAGCCUGAAAAUUUCGAUUUUUCGAGAUUUUUUGACUUUUUUAGUAAAAAAAAGUAUGUGAAGUUAGGGAAAAGAUCCAAAAAUACUUUCCAGGAAUCUCAAUCCGAGUAGCGUCUCCAAAAUUAGUCAUGGAAGAGGCGCCCGAGUCCUACAAAAACGUCCAUGAUGUGGUGGACACCUGUCAACGCGCCGGAAUUAGCAACAAAGCCGUAAAACUGAGGCCAAUUGCCGUCAUUAAAGGCUGA